GGGUCCUCCAAAGCUAGCUUCAGCUCUGUUUGUCUGGUCACUCACCUGGGCACUUUCAUAUCCCUCCUUCGCCUGAACCUACCAACUACGCCUUUGUCCACAUUCAGCUUGUGUGCUUGGAUCAUUGAACAAACUACUCAAGAUGGCGGAUUCUGACCAUGACAUGGAUGGUAAGUUGCGCAUCCUGUGCAGCCUUUCCCAUCAAGCUUCGCAUCCUCUUUCUCAAGGCACCUGCUGCCAGCAGUCAGUCCAACUUAUAAAAACUGACCAUGGACAGGUGACCUCCAAGAAUGCGAGAUUGAGGGGGGAGACCAGGAGCAAAAGAUCAUCAACGAAGGUAAUGGAGUUUCAAGAUAUGGCCAGACCCUUGUACUAAUAAUCCAAUCUAGAAUAUAAAACAUGGAAGAAAAACAGCCCCUUUCUCUACGAUAUGAUCUUGAGGUAAACGACCGUCUCUCGCAACGAAGAUCAAGCUAACUUUUACAAGCACUGCGCUUGAGUGGCCCACUUUGACUACCCAAUGGUUUCCAGACGUCAAAGAGUAAGUGGGCACUAUCCCUCGCUACCUAUCCCUUGGGUGUUUACGUAUUUUUAGACCCGCUGGCAAGAACUAUACCAUCCACCGACUUCUCAUAGGCACUCAUACAUCCAACGACGCGCAAAACUAUCUUGAAAUUGCCAAUGUGCAACUGCCCAAGAACAUUGCUCCCGAUCCCCGUGAUUAUGAUGAAGAGCGAGGAGAAAUUGGUGGCUACGCCAACUCGGCAUCUGGAGAGCAACCUACCGUAAAGAUGAACAUUGAACAGAAGAUUGAUCACCCUGGCGAGGUCAACAAGGCUAGAUAUCAACCACAAAAUCCCAACAUCAUUGCCACCAUGUGCGUGGAUGGAAGAGUCCUUAUUUUUGAUCGUACGAAGCACAGUAGCGUUCCAAAGGGCGUUGUAUCCCCUCAGGCGGAAUUGAUUGGACACAAGAAGGAAGGAUUUGGACUGUGUUGGAAUCCACACCCCGAGGAUGAGGCAAUUGGAAGACUUGCUACGGGUGGUGAAGAUACUACUGUCAAGCUUUGGUAGGAUAAAACGUACCCAGCAUGAUUGGAAAACAACUAACAGAUCUCAGGGAUCUCAAAACUAUCUCAUCAGCCAACAAUCACGUCAAAGCUUGCCGUACUUAUACCCACCACACUUCCGUUGUCAAUGACGUUCAAUAUCAUCCUGCGCAUAAAUCGUUGAUUGGAACUGUAUCGGACGAUUUAACUCUGCAGAUCCUGGAUGUCCGCCAAGCCGAGACUAAUCGCUCCGCUCAACAAGGAGAAGGAGGACACGAUGAUGCUGUCAACUCUUUGGCGUUCAAUCCUGCUUCUGAAUUCGUUCUGGCUACGGCUUCAGCGGACAAGACAAUCGGUAUCUGGGAUAUGAGGAAUCUCAAGGACAAGCUGCACUCCCUCGAGGGGCAUCUCGAUAGCGUAACAUCGCUAGCAUGGCACCCACACGAGGAGGCUAUUCUUGGCAGUGCCGGGGUGGAUCGUAGAGUUAUCUUCUGGGAUCUAAGUCGUUUUGGUGAAGAGCAGUUGCCAGAUGACCAAGAGGAUGGCCCGCCAGAGUUGUAAGUUUCCUCGCCACUCACACGUAUUCUUUCUCUAACAUCAAUAGGCUUUUCAUGCAUGGCGGUCACACCAACCGUAUGGCGGAUUUCAGCUGGAAUCUCAACGAACCAUGGGUGGUUUGCAGUGCUGCUGAAGACAACAUGAUCCAGAUCUGGAAGGUAGCUGAGGCGAUUGUGGGUAAGGAUAUCGAAGAUCUAACAGUAGGCGAGCUUGAGCGAUGAGCGUAGCAGCGUUAUCAAGGUUUGCCAGAUACCCUCAAUUCUUUUUCCUGAAUACGCAUAGGCU